AUGAAGUUUCUUCUUGGAACUACAGUUGCGGCUCUGGCCUGCCUCUCGGGGCAAGCCUUGGGAAGAGCUGUUUCACAUAGGAGUAAACCUUUGACUGUGCUCGGGCACCCUGAUAUCGAACGAAGAGCUUUAUUACAGGACAUUGUAACAUGGGAUAAUCAAUCGCUCUACAUCCAUGGAGAAAAACUGAUGAUAUUCUCUGGCGAAGUUCAUCCUUUCCGUCUUCCAGUCGCUUCCCUGUACAUCGACAUCUUCCACAAGAUCAAAGCUCUAGGAUUCAACACCGUCUCUUUCUAUGUUGACUGGGCGCUACUGGAGGGGAAACCUGGUACUUAUCGCGCAGAGGGCAUCUUUGAUUUGCAACCCUUCUUCGAUGCUGCAAAACAAGCUGGAAUUUACCUACUUGCUCGUCCGGGCCCCUAUAUCAAUGCUGAAGUGUCCGGCGGAGGUUUCCCAGGGUGGCUUCAGAGAGUAAAUGGUACGCUACGAACGCGAGAUCCGGCUUAUUUCGAUUCUACCAAGAACUAUGCAAAUCACAUUGCUGGAACAAUCGCCAAAAACCAAAUCACCAAGGGCGGCCCUAUCAUUCUCUAUCAACCGGAAAAUGAGUACUCCGGCUGGGCUACCGGAUAUUCAGAUGAUCCGCAAUAUAUGCAAGACAUUGAAGACACAGCUAGAAAUGCUGGAGUUAUCGUGCCGUUUAUCAGUAAUGAUGCAGGCGCCUAUGGACACAAUGCACCCGGAUCCGGCGUUGGGGCUGUCGAUAUUUAUGGCCAUGAUUCGUAUCCGCUGGGAUUUGACUGCGCCAACCCUUCGACAUGGCCGGCAGGUGAUCUACCAACGUAUUUCCGCCAAACCCAUGUACAACAAAGCCCAUCUACUCCGUUUUCACUUGUUGAGUUCCAAGGCGGUUCUUUCGAUCCAUGGCAAGGCCCCGGGUUCGCUAAAUGCACGGCUUUACUCGGUCCUGAGUUUGAAAGAGUCUUCUAUAAGAAUAACAUAGCUGCCGGUGCUGUAUUCUUGAAUUUGUAUAUGACAUUCGGUGGCACAAAUUGGGGCAACCUGGGCUAUCCUGAUGGAUACACAUCCUACGACUACGGUUCUGCAAUCUCGGAAUCCCGAAACAUCACUCGUGAGAAAUACAGUCAGUUGAAACUGAUUGGAAACUUCCUCAAAGUUUCACCUUCUUACCUUGAUGCUGUACCUGGCAGUGCUUCGAAUUCCACGUACAGUAGUACGUCAGCACUGACGGUUACGCCCUUGAUCGGUCGAAGUACCAAAUCGUCAUUUUUUGUCGUUCGACACUCGGACUAUUCCAGUCUAGCUUCGACCAGCUAUACUCUGAAGGUACCAACUAGUGCCGGCGUUCUGACUUUGCCUCAACUCAGUGGAUCCUUGUCUCUCAAUGGCCGUGAUUCCAAGAUUCAUGUGACCGAUUACAAUGUUGCGGGUACAAAUAUCUUGUAUUCAACUGCUGAGGUGUUCACGUGGAAGAAUUUCUCCGAUUACAAGGCGCUUGUUCUGUAUGGUGGACCAGGGGAACAUCAUGAGCUGGCCAUUUCCUCCUCGUCCAAUGCACAGAUCUCGGUUGUUGAUGGUUCCAAGUCCGGAGUAACGACCAAGAUACAGAAUGGACAAGCAAUCAUUGCAUGGGAUGUAUCUUCUUCCCGCAGGGUUGUAAAGGUGGAUGACCUACUCGUAUUCUUGCUCGACCGCAACUCGGCGUACAGUUACUGGGUCCCUCAAGUUAGUACAUCAAAUAGUAGUGUCGAAUUCUCCAGCCAGGAGACAGUUGCAAACUCCAUCAUCGUGAACGCCGGCUAUCUCGUACGUUACGCGUAUCUCCAAGGGAACGAAUUGCACCUCUCUGCAGAUUUCAACGCCACCACCAACGUUGAAGUUAUUGGGGCACCCCCAUCCGCAACUAGAUUGUUUGUUAACGGUGUCCAAUACGACCAUGCAAAGACUUCCAACGGAUUCUGGACUGCGUCUGUGAAAUACAAUGCUCCGAAAAUUAGCUUGCCAGACUUCUCAAAGCUGACAUGGAAAUACGUCGACUCACUGCCUGAAAUUCAGGCAACGUACGAUGACAGUGCAUGGAUCAGUGCCAACCAUGACUGGACCAAUAACACUGCCAAUCCACUCAAGACUCCCGUGUCACUUUAUGCUUCCGACUACGGUUUUAACACCGGUCACCUGCUUUAUCGGGGUCAUUUUGUGGCUAAUGGCAACGAGAAGUACUUCAAUGUCCAGACUAUAGGUGGCAGUGGGUUUGGAAGUAGUGUAUGGCUAAAUGAUAAACUCUUGGGAUCAUGGACGGGCAGUGCAAACAAUGAUUCCGCGGCCUCCAGCUACACUUUGUCGGCCUUGAAAGCUGGAUCCAGCUAUAAUCUCACAAUACUUGUCGCUAAUACCGGCCUGGAAGAGGACUGGACAGUUGGUACAGAGACAAUGAAAACUCCAAGAGGCAUUCUCAAUUUUGACCUCUCCGGUCACAGUCAAAGCGAUGUCACCUGGAAGUUGACCGGUAACUUAGGCGGAGAAGACUACGUUGACCUUGCUCGCGGACCUUUGAAUGAAGGUGGACUCUAUGCUGAGCGUCAAGGAUGGCACCAACCAUCUCCUCCAAGCAGUGACUGGAAAACAUCGAGUCCCUUGGAGGGCAUCAGUCAAGCUAGAGUAGGUUUCUACUCGACUUCUUUCACUCUUGAUCUUCCCGAAGGAUAUGAUAUUCCGCUAUACUUUGCCUUUGGCGAUAGCAGCGGCAGUUUAUACCGAGCGCAGCUUUAUGUCAACGGAUACCAGUAUGGGACAUAUGUCCCGCAGCUUGGUCCUCAGACGGAAUUCCCUGUUCCACAAGGUAUUUUGAAUUACCAAGGCGAGAAUUGGGUGGCUAUCACCCUAUGGGCACAGGAGAGCAGUGGUGCAAAAGUGGACAGCUUUGAACUGAUCAACACCACGCCAGUGUUGACGGCCUUGACAGGAAUUGAAUCCUCGCCGCAGCCUGCAUAUAGUCAGAGAAAGGGGGCUUACUAA